AUCAGGUGGGUGUCAGAACUUGCCUCUAAGAGGAAGUGACGCCCAAGAGGAAGUGAAAAGGAGAGACUUGUCCCUUGGUGCAUCAGUCCGGUAGUCCCUUUUCCCUCCCGUUUCCUCUGCUCAGACCGCUUCGCGUACAGGUUUGUGCCAGGCCGGAUCAGGCAAUGGCAAACCGUACAGUAAAGGACGCGCACAGCAUCCAUGGCACUAAUCCUCAAUACCUGGUGGAGAAGAUCAUCCGCACUCGCAUCUAUGAGUCCAAGUAUUGGAAGGAGGAGUGUUUUGGCCUCACAGCUGAACUGGUUGUGGAUAAAGCUAUGGAACUGAGAUACACUGGUGGAGUUUAUGGAGGAAAUAUCAAGCCUACACCGUUCUUAUGUUUGACUCUAAAGAUGCUGCAGAUACAGCCUGAAAAAGACAUAAUUGUUGAAUUUAUAAAGAAUGAAGAUUUCAAGUAUGUACGGUUGCUGGGUGCAUUGUAUAUGAGACUGACUGGCAGUGCCAUAGACUGCUACAAAUAUCUUGAACCUUUGUAUAAUGAUUAUCGAAAAAUAAAAAGCCAGAAUAGAAAUGGGGAGUUUGAACUAAUGCACGUAGAUGAGUUCAUUGAUCAACUGCUCCAUGACGAACGUGUUUGUGAUAUCAUUUUACCUAGACUACAGAAACGGUAUGUCCUAGAAGAAGCUGAACAACUGGAACCACGUAUUAGUGCUUUGGAAGAAGAUAUGGAUGAUGUGGAGACUAGCGAGGAUGAGGAAGAGGAAGAUGAAAAGAUGGAGAGAGUUCCCUCACCUGAUCACAGGAGAAGAAGCUACAGGGAUCUAGAUAAACCUCGCAGAUCUCCAGCUCUGCGUUACAGAAGAAGCCGAAGCAGAUCUCCUAGAAGGCGAAGCCGAUCCCCAAAGAGGAGAAGUCCGUCACCACGUCGGGAAAGGCAUCGCAGCAAGAGCCCAAGGCGACACCGAAGUAGAUCUAGGGAAAGACGCCACAGAACAAGAUCUAAAUCUCCAGGGCAUCAUCGUAGUCACAGACAUCGCAGCCAUUCCAAGUCCCCAGAAAGAUCUAAAAAGAGCCAUAAGAAGAAUCGUCGGGGAAAUGAAUGACCCUAAGCAGUUCAAGAAUCUGAGCCACUUUCUUUUGUAGAUAUGAUGCACCAGGAUCAGUAGAAGCUGCUUAGACAGCUCAUAAUUUUUUUGUCCUCAGUUUCUUGGACAGCAUAGUAUUUCAUAACUUUGUUUAAUUUGAAGAAAUGUUUAUUCAGUGGAUGUUCUGUUCAUAUCUGCUGCAAAAGCAGUGUUGUGCAAAAAGGAAUAUGGUUUAAAAUUCUUUUGAAUUUGUACAUACCCAGCACAAGAGCAAGAUAAAGAAUUGUCUGAAUUCAUUGCAAAACCUAUUAAAGUCUUGCCUAUUUGGUAUUUGUAUAAUAAUUUUGGAGCUGACUUUUGUGUAAAUGAUAAUUUUUACAAAGCCAACAGGCUGUCCAAAAAUGUGCAUAAGUCUGUAGGGAAUCAUUUUUUAAGUGUGGGGCAGGCAGAAAAAGUAUUGUAAUUUCUUUAUUAAAAUUCUUUGCUAAAUAA